AUGUCGCUGGACAAUCAGUUGUUGCAUCGUUUCGAGCAGGAGGCUGCGCUGUUGGCAGACCUGCGUCACGACAACAUCCUGGCGAUCCGGGGCAUCUGCAUCCAGCCGCGGGCUAUCGUCACAGAAUACUGCCCUCGUGGCUCCCCUUUUGACGCGCUACGACGCGGCUGCCAGGACCCCGAGGCGGCUGCAGAGCUGACGUGGCGGCGGCGCCUGGCAUUUGCCCUCGGCGCAGCAAAGGACAUGCUGCAUCUGCACACCCGCGAGCCGCCAGUCACAUAUCAUGACCUGAGGAGCGCCAACCUGUUGAUUGACGACAGCUGGAGCGCCAAAGUGACAGACAUUGGGUUGAGCCACCUGCUGGAUGAUCCAGCAUCAGCGACGGCAGCCCUCACCCAGAGCCAUGUGGACCCCAACCCGCGCUGGCUGGCUCCCGAGGUCAUCAGCCGGUGGGAGGAGACAGGCGUAUACCUGCCGCAGGGAUCAACCGCGGCAGACGUGUACGCGUUUGGCAUAGUUCUGUGGGAGCUGCUCACAUGGCAGCUGCCUUUUGGCACGGCACUGGUAUUCAUUCAUUAA